AUGUACUACCUGAUCUCUGCCUGCAAAGAUGGAAAUCCCAUGCUCCGAGACGGCCAAACUGGCGACUGGAUUGGAACAUUCAUCGGUCACAAAGGUGCCGUAUGGCAGGCCAGGCUCAGUCCCAAUGCAACGAAUGCCGCCACCGCUUCCGCCGACUUUACUUGCAAGAUUUGGGACACCCAUACCGGCGAGCCUCUCUACACCAUCCAGCACAACCAUAUUGUCCGUGCCAUAGCUUACCCUCCUGACAACUCGGAGUUGAUCGCGACUGGAGGCUACGAGAAAAUCCUCCGUGUCUUCGACCUAUCAGAAAACGCAAACCCGCCACAAAACAGCACCCCCGGUACUCCAACCGUUAUCGAGACGAGCCGGGGCUUCGAAAUCGGCGAGGGCACGCAUACGGCGCCUAUCAAGUUCAUCGCAUGGACUCAGGACCCAAACACCAUGGUGACGGCAUCUGAUAAAACACUGAGGUGGUUCGAUCUGCCCUCGCGAGCCUGCAUUCGCCAGGAGGUCCUCGACGGAGAGAUUAGGUCGUGCGAGUUGGUUUCCUUGCACCCGCCUAUACUUCUCCUGACGACAUUGGAGGUGGAUUCCCCGUUCUAG